AUGUCACAAUCAAAUCAUUGUAUAUUAUACGUAUAUGAGUAUAGAAAAUGGCAGAUUGGCAUUGUUUCUGAUUCUCCCACCUUUGUUGUCUGUAUGUUUUUAGCAGCAAUAAUGUCUUCUCUUCCCCCAUCUCCUAUUUCAUCAGUAUUCUCAUCAACAUCUGGUUUCAUCAGAAAAGGAAAAAGUGUUGGCAGAGGUUUAGUGAUGAUGAGAGCCAGCAAUAAUCACCAUGAUUCCACACCUCUUCACACAGCAGGAUCAGCAUCUUCCAAGAACAGGAUUAAGGUCUAUGAAAAUCUGGCAGAGGGUGUUGUCUGUUACAGAGAUGAAAAUGGGGAAAUAAUAUGUGAAGGGUAUGAUGAAGGUCCAAGGCUUGAUUGCCACCAAGUUUCAAGAUUUUCUUGUAAUUCAAGUAGGGUUGCAGAUAUGGUUGAUCUUCUGGAAAGGAGUUGGCUAAAGGUGGAGGAGAGAAAAGAGCAGUUGAUGGGGGAAAAGAUGAUGGGAUGUGAAACUCUCUGACUUUGUUAAUUAUUUACAGAGAGUUGGCUAGCUUAAGCUCAUCCUGCUAAUCAUCAAAUGUAAAGAUGAACAUUACAACUUAAGGCUCGUUGAACAAUAUAUUUUUCCUCUUGCUUAGCUUUAAUUUAGAUUGUUAAUAAACAUGUUCAAAUCUAAUUCAACUCCUGGUUUCCUUGUGACAAAAUAGUUCUUACAUAGAUGAAA